UUCGCCGGUCGCAUCCGGUCUUUCAUUAUGUCAAUCAAAAAUAGCUAAACAUUCGAUUCGAACUCACGUAAAGCAAUAUAAGUCUAGUUUCAUUAAAACGUUGUCAGAACUAGCAUAUUUAUAUUUAUUGUCAAUAGCUUAAAACUAGUUCUACUUAAAAUGUCAACAAAUAGCUUAAAAGCUAGAUCUACUCGGGACAACGACUUAAUAUUAAACCGUAAAUAUCGUAAGGCUACUUAAAGGAGUCAUAAUUCCAAUAACAGAAGAAACUGAUUGUUGUAUAAUAUUGUAUAUUGAGCCACUGAGAGCAGAGGCAGGUGUUUAUCUCUGGUAGGUGGAGCAUGCCUACCAAGCAGCAUUCCUUCACUCACCUGCAGCACCUGUCCCAAACCAUGGACAUGCAGCGGGCGAACCGGGGCUAUGUCGACAUCAACCGCAGACACUGUAAACUAAAGUUAGUUGACUUUCAUAUCCAUGAAAACCUCGCUUACCAUCGGACCGAGGGGCUCAGCAAAAAACAUCUGGUGGCCCGACGAGGAAAACCGUUCAAAGUCACACUGGUGUUCUGUGACGGACCAUGGAAUCCUCGCACAGAGAAUCUGGUGCUAGAGGUUUUACUGGGCAACCUGUCAAAGAGGAUCCACGUCCAGAUCUCUGACAGCUCCUUCGACCUCCACCACUGGUCAGCCACUCUCUACCCAGGAAACAGGACUCCGUCAACAGUCACCAUCCACAUCUGCUCCCCAGUUUUAUCUGCCGUGGCCCAGUAUAACCUGCUGGUGCACUUUGAAAACAGAUAUGGAAGACGGAGCUACGUCAUUGGAUCGUUUGUGCUGCUCUGCAACCCUUGGCUCAAAGAUGAUCCAGUGUUCAUGCCAACCAAGGACCAGUUAGAAGAGUAUAUAAUCAGCGACUAUGGCAUGGUGUACAUGGGAACUGAAUUGAACGUUUGCCAGCGCCCAUGGACGUAUGGUCAGUACGAACCCGGGGUUUUAGAAGCAUGUCUGCAGCUGCUGGAGGUCAGUCUACAGCAUUGUGCUAACCAAGACAAGGACAACGUCCUCCGAGGAGAUCCUGUCUACCUGAGCAGGGUUCUGUGUGCUAUGGUCAACUGUGAUGAUGACUUAGGGAUUCUACAGGGGAAGUGGUCGGGCACCUUUGAUGGUGGAGUUAAACCCACAGAGUGGAGUGGCAGUGCCGACAUCCUCCACCAGUGGGUCUCGUCCAACUGUAGGCCUGUGCGAUACGGCCAGUGCUGGGUGUUUGCCUCUGUCCUCUGCACAGUGAUGAGAGUUCUGGGGAUUCCCUCCAGGGUGGUGACGGUCUUUAACGCAGGUCAUGACGGAAAUGCUAACACACAAAUUGAAGAGGUUUACUCGACCACAGGGGAGAAGUUGAACCUGUCAAAGGACAGCAUUUGGAACUUCCAUGUGUGGGUGGAGAGCUGGAUGAAAAGACCAGAUCUUGGUGAAAUGUUUGACGGAUGGCAGGUUGUGGAUCCCACCCCCCAGGAGAAGAGUGCUGGUAUUUACGUCUGCGGCCCCUGCCCUGUAGCUGCCAUUCAGCAGCGCUGCCUCAAAGCCCCGUAUGACGCCCCCUUCAUCUAUGCCUCUGUUGAUGCUGAUGUCAUCCGUUUGAUUGUGCGUAAUGGGCUAGUGGUGGGCAGGAAGGUGGACAGUGAGUGUGUAGGAGCCCUCAUCUACACUAAAGGCAUCGGCACAGACAAGCCUGAGAAUCUAACCAACAGUUACAAGAUGAAGAAAUAUGGCCAGAUGAGAUCUAUGAGGUGUGAAUAUAAUGGAAGAGGAGAACCCAGCGCCAGGCUGAUGCGAUCUUCAUGGUCCAAUGGAGGAGAUGCUUUAAUGUGUUAUGCAUCAAGAGCUAUGGUGCACAAUGAAGGCAGUGGAAGAGGGGAAGCAGGAGAUGUAGAAGCUGCAUCUAAUCUGGAGGUGUCCAUCAAAAUAGAAGGGAAGCCAACAGUGGGAGACAGCAUUCGACUGUGUGUAAUGGUCAAAAACACCACCACUAGACCCAGGGCCCUGAUGGAACAUGUUAAUGCUCAGGUUAAAGAGUACAACAGCAAUCCAAAGGAGAGCUUUUGGAAAACAUACAAGGAGCUAUACCUCCAGCCCCUGGAAUCGCUGGCAGUGCGUCACACCAUCCCUCUGUCUGAGUACGAGUCGGCUGUGGCUGCUGAUGGCAUUGUGAAUCUUGCAGUGGUGAUGAAGGACACAGUGACUGAAGAAAGAGUCCUGGAGAUUCAGGAGUUCAACCUCAGCUCACCCAAGAUAGAUGUUGAGAUCGAGGGAGGAGACAGCAUUGUAGUGAACAGACAGUACUCAGCCAAACUGACUUUCACCAACAGGUUCAAUACAACUCUGACUGGAGCUGUUCUCAAAGUGGAAGGAUUUGGAUUGUUGAAGGGCAGCUGUGAAGCCAGAAUGUCUAGUCUAAAUCAAUAUGAGAAGAUUGAGAAGAAGGUGUCCCUCAUGGCCACGUCUCCAGGCACUAAAGUACUCAUGGCCACCUUCUCACACAGUAAUAAUCCCACAGCUGUUUCCAGAAGCUUCCAUAAGGUCACUGUCAAUGCCUCAUAGGAAACGCUCAGUGUGACAUUACAAGAUGUUUCUACUAUAUUCAUUUGGUGUUGUGAAUCUCACUUUUCUUCUCAUUCCUUUUACAUUGCAGUCAAUGAAAUUACACAGGACAGCUGUUGAAUGUGUCUGAUUUAUUUUAUAUCAGAUUAUAUAAGAGUGCAUCAGUAGCUGUUGCUGCAUUGCGUGUGUCUCUCUGUCUGGUUGUGUCUGUGUGUCUGUGUGCUUAUCUUUGUCAGUAAUUUAAUGUGUCGUGUUCUGCCCAAACUUGUUGUGAAUCAAAAGAAUGCAGAAGAAGGAAAUUUGAAAAUAACUGCUUUGUUUUUGGAUAUAUAUAAAAAAGUAGGUAUCAAAUGUCAGCUGAUGGUGUAGGGUUUUUAAAUUAAAAAUCAAACCUAACUGCUUAAUAAAGAACAGUUUUUUCCUCCACAGUGAUGUAAAAACCUAUUAGUACAGGUUGUAGUAGUAACAGAAACUAUGAAUUAUGUGACCAAAUUGUUGGAUUUCUCAUCUGAAGACCAGUCUACUGUUUAUGCCAAACCUCCAGACUUUUUCUUAUUUUUAGAAAUUGUAUUUUUUUUGUAAAGGAAAAAGAUUUGAUAUAUGUAUACCCCUAUUUGCAUUAACUUAAUUCAUUGCAUUUAUCUUUUUAGCCUUUGUUUAUUUUUCUUUUCUUGGCGUUUUGUGCUUUUUAUUUUGCGGUGUUCCUGUCAUUGUAUUUUGAAAAGACUUCCCUGGUUAAUACUACUCUCUGUGUCGGUUCCUCUCGAAGAAUUCACCCUGCAGUGACCUGUGUGGUUUCCUAAAUGCUUGGCUUUCCUGCUUGUCUGGUUUGUAUUUAACAUUCACAGUUCUGUGUAUAUAAAUGAAACAUGUUUAUUCCUGUCUUGGAAGACACAGUUGGAAUUCAGAAUCUGCACAAACUCUGUGACGUCAUACACGUAAUACUAUUAGCAAAAAUGUAUGUGUUAGCUUUGGGUUUUUGUUUAUAUAUGCACGUGUAGAAUUAGUUCAAAUUAAAUGGCUAGUAAAACAUCCAGUGUGAAAUUUCAUUUUGGCACAAAAUACCACUAGGUGGCAAUAUAUGACCAUCAACCCUAGAACGUACCUUUCAAAUCAACUCCAGCCUUUCGACCUGUUUUGUUAUUUUGUGUGCGUGUCUGUGAAAUUGCAGUGUUUCCUCCAGAUUCAUAGCACCAGUAAAACCGUUUAUUGCACUUUGAUGUUCAAAAUAACUAGUCGCAGGUCUAUUUCAUUAGAACAUGACGUUAUUUAACGGUCCCUGCAGUUGUCGUCAAUCAUUUUCAGUGUCCGCUCAUGAAGACAAUUAACCCUUCACAAAGAAAGAUAACUCGAGAUAUUAACCGUGUGAGGCGUUUCAUUUUCCUAUCACCCCUUUUUAAUUUUGUUUCUAAAAUUAGUGAAGCACUUCCUGCGUGGGACUUUAUUUCCGGUGUACUUGUUUAAUAAGUGACCGAGUUUUAUUGGUGUAUUUAUUUAUGAAGGUGUAUUUAUUCUCCUGUCACUAAUCUUCGUUUUUUUAAUAGCUUUCCUAGUCAGCAUGAAUGAAAAAUGAAAUAUUUUAUUAAAAAGUAACUAGUAUUACUG